UUGGCCCGGCCAGCUCGAUUCGAUUAAACUUUGCAGUAGCCCUCGUUCGUCGCGAGCGGGGGUGAGAUCUCGUGCUGUAGUUUGUUACAUCGAGUAUCAUUAUCUCUUCGUGGCUAUACGUCAGAAUCGCGUUGCAGGACGCGAAACGGGAUAAACGUGACGAUUUGUGCUUCUGCAUUCAGACAUAAUCGGAGAACUUACACGGAAGACUUGCUGCUUCCUAUUCGUACGACGUCACGCGGGUGCAAGAGAACAAGGCUCAUCAUCGAAUCAAAGUACGGCGGCUGCUCGAUGAUCGUCUUCUCUUGUCAAGAGGACGAAGAAGCCGAGGACGAAGACAACAAUAAUUCACGGAAAGACGGAUGUUUAUGCAAUUGGCGAUGUUAUGCAAGAGACUUAGGAGACAAGUGGCGAACAGUUGAGAUGUCCUUCAUAAGGGUAAAUCAAUUGUGAAAUAUAACGAAAUUCAUAGAAGUGCGAUGCGACUCGUAAUGAUGCAGAAACACUUUUGAUUUCCUGUGACUCUGAGAAAGGCAUGACCACGACAGCAUAAUGUGGAAGGCGAAAUGGUUACGUUUCACCGAAUGCUUCUGCCGAAGGUCCGGCCUCGUUCUGAUUUUACCGUGUCUGAUCAUUAUCAUCCUUUAUCUCGUUUCCGACGACGAAUACGAAUACGACGUUUUACAGUAUCCAUCCUUCAAAUCGUAUAACAUCGCUGAAGGCAUGGUGGAUGGUUAUCUCGUAUGGAAUCCGAAAUGUCAUAUGCUGUCCAAAAAACCUUUGGAUCCGUCCAUCGCGAAAUUCGUGAGGAAGGAAAAAUUGGAGAAAUGUCCGAACGAUCGUGUCCUUUCGCAAAUUUCAAGGGAUCUUAACGGCAGCGUAUUUCUUUCUCUCGAUCCUGCCAUAAAAACCAUGCAUAGCGACGUUGUCUGCUGCUGGUCGCCCGUAAUCAGGCCCAAAGUGGAUAGGCCCAAGAAGGACAACUACGACUCUACGAUAUCAGUCAAGCAGUGCGAGAACUUCACCGGACAAGUGAUGCUUCCGCGCGAAAUGGAGGUGGCGUACGUAUCAUGCAAGGUGAAGGCAAAAUCGAAGCCCAAAGCGAAGAUGAAGAACACGAAGCUGUCAACUAAUACGGUAUAUGAGAACGUUCAUGCAAUCUUGAACCCGGAGAAAGUACGCGAACGUAUAGAUCACAAUGGCAGCCAGCCCGGAAACUUUUCAAGAAAGUUAAGCGUGCUCGUCCUCGGCAUCGACAGCGUCAGUCGGCUAAAUUUCUAUCGAGCUAUGCCGAAAACCGAGAGAUAUCUGCGCGAGACUGGCUGGAUUGGUCUAAAAGGCUAUAAUAAAAUCGGCGACAAUACGUUUCCGAAUCUGAUGGCGAUUUUGACCGGUCAGACACCACAACAAGCAUAUUCUCGGUGCAAGCCGACAGUGGCUUACAAACUCGAUAACUGCCCUUUUCUUUGGCACAACUUCCGUAAUGCUGGCUACAUCACGGCCUAUGGUGAGGACGAGACUAUCCUCAACACAUUUAACUACCUCAAGGUUGGCUUUGUCGAGCCGCCUACGGAUUACUACUUGAGACCCUAUAUGCUAGCCAGCGAGAAACUUCUUAAAAUCAAGAAAAGAUUCAACAUGAAAUAUUGUACUGGUCCCAAAUUAAGCUUCGACCGGAUCUUCGAUUACGCUGUAAACUUUGCCCAAACCUUUGUCGGCAUGCCAUAUUUCGGAUUCUUCUGGACAAACACGAUUAGUCAUGACAAUAUGAAUGGCAUUUCUUCGAUGGACACUCGUGUGUUGAAGAAAUUCGAGUUUCUAGAACAGGAGGGAAUACUGAACGACUCGAUGAUAAUCUUCCUGAGCGAUCAUGGUAUGCGCUGGGGCGAAUUUCGCAACACCUUCGUCGGUUGGUACGAAGAGAGGUUACCGUACAUUUACAUCUGGUUACCCGAAUGGUUCCGUCAGAAGAAUCCCGAGGCCCAACGAGCUCUUGCGGUGAAUCAGAAUCGACUCACCUCGCCGUUCGAUCUCUACGAAACGCUACGGGAUGUUCUCGUCAUCGGAGGUGGUGAUGCUGAUUCCAGUCCAGGAUGUUCCACCUGCCAGUCCCUUUUCGCGCCAGUCCCUAGAGAGAGAGGCUGUCAAGAUGCAGGUGUGGUUUAUCAUUGGUGCACUUGCACGGCUUUCAAGUCGAUUAACGUCAAUGACAGAAUCGCCAACGGUGGCGUGCAGAAGUUCCUGGAUCAUAUUGAGAGUAUCGUAAAAAAUUACAAAGACAAAAAGGGCCGACGACUAUGCGCGCAGCUCAAGCUAAAGAAGGUGCACCGAGUGGAUCAGGUGAUCGACUUCGGCACGGAUAAUCUGUCCAGCAUUACAUAUUUCUACAUGAUUCAGACAGCUCCCGGGAACGGUAAUUUCGAGGUAACCAUCAGGUAUCACGGUGAUGGCAAUUAUACUCUAUCUGAUAGCGAAGUCAGCAGAAUCAAUCCUUACGCCAUGAGCGCCAGGUGUUUAAAUCGCGGCAUGAAACAGUAUUGUCACUGUGUAAAGUAAACAUGAAUUCACCAAAAUUUGACUUUAUACGCAUUGUUACACAAUUUUG